AUGAGCCGAGAUUUCCUCACGCAUCUGAAACUCAGCAGUGAUGAAAAAGGCCAAGUUGAUGUGAAAUUUGAAGAAAAUCAAGCUGAUGUAGAAGAAGAAGAAGAAGUCGAAGAGGAUGCGGAAGAAGAAGAAGAAGAGGAAUUUUCGUUUAUGUGUGGAGGAGCGAACACGUCGCCUAUAGCGGCGGAGGAUGCUUUCAUCAAUGGCCAGAUCAAGCCGGUUUUCCCCUUGUUCAGCCGCGAUUUGCUAUUUUACGGCGAAGAUCCCACCGCCUUGCACGAUAAUUUGGCGAUGAGGCCUCCGGUGAAGGUGUUCGUGGAAACGGCUGGAGGUGCCACGUCAUCGGCCGCCGGUCCGAGCUGCGACUGGUCGGACCGGAAGGCGGUCGAGGCGUCGCCUGAGGUCUGCAAAAAGAGCAACUCGACCGGGUUUUCUAAAAUUUGGCGGUUCAAGGAUUUGCUGGGGAGGAGCAACAGCGACGGCAGGGACGCUUUCGUCUUCCUGAACAACAGCCACGCGAAGGGAGAGGAGAAAAAGGAGGAGGCGGUGAAAGUGAGUGGAAAAUCGAAGAAGGGGGGGAAGGUGAAAACGGCGCCGUUGUCGGCUCAUGAAGUGUACUUGAAGAGUAAGGCGAAGGGGGAGGAGCGCCGGCGGUCGUAUUUGCCUUACCGGCCGGAGUUGAUGGGGUUUUUCACUAAUGUUAAUGGCGGAUUAAGUAAAAACGUACAUCCCUUUUAA